GGCUCCCUGCGGAGGUGCCGGGGUCCUGGCCCGUUGGAGGGCGAGCUUGGGGGACGGGCGCCUCUCACCGACCCUUCCAGUGCAUUCCAGCGGAAAAAUAAUCUGAAAAACUUACUGCAAGCUGGGGGCCCAGACUCCCAGGCUUAGGUUUCUUCACCAAAAAAGGCAACUAAACUGUAUAGCAGCCCUAAGUCACCGAGAUUUUUCAAAUAUUUUCAAACUCUAUUUCAAUCUUUCAAGGAUCAAGUGACCACAGUUCUGUGUAGGUUUUCCCUUCACCAGAGGAAAUCUUAACCCCUCUGCACCUUGAUUUCAGAAUGACUGACGCUCCUGAUACUGUUCCAAAUUUUGAAGAGAUGUUUGCCAAUCGAUUCACAGAAGAUGAUACUGAGUAUCAAGAAUACUUGAAACGCCCUGUAGAUUCCCCUCCGAUUGUUGAAGAGUGGAAUAGUAGAUCAAGUGGUAAUCAAAGAAACAGAGGCAAUCGGUUGCAAGAUAACAGACACUUUCGAGGAAGAGAUGGCAGGCAGAGUUGGCCAAGUGACAGAAGAUCUAAUCAGUGGCAUGGAAGACCCUGGGGUAAUAACUAUCAACAGCACAGACAAGAACCUUACUACCAUCAUCAGUACGGACAAUAUGGUUAUAAUCAACGGCCUCCUUAUGGCUACUAUUAAUGUUAGCAGCAUCAAGUGAAACCUGUUAAAUUCUAAUAUGUCAGCAGCUUGCCUGUUUCCUCUGUUUGGUCAUGUUUUUGUAUAUGAUUUUGUAUAGAUAAUAUUAGGCAACUUGAAGCUGUCAUGUACAAAUAAACUAGAUGGUAACUGGGAAUGAUAAGUCCUGUAGAGAAGUUAUGGACUACAUUGUUCAACUUCUACCUCAAAUUCAUCUUUAUCUCAUAUUUUGUUAGUGCAUUGAAUUUCAUGUGUUUUCCAUGUAAAGCUGCCAAUAAUUGUAAGUUUGUAACACAGGCAUAAUUAGGAAUAGGAAAAACAUUUGCUUUUUCUCAAAUUUAAAAGAAUUUCUGUAAACAUGGAUGUGAUUAUUUCUGGAAUUUUGCAGACUUUAAUGAAAUAAUUCAUCAAGACAGUUAUAUUUGGCUUGUAAAAUAUCAUAUUUAACAGCAGCUGAAAACACUUUGUAAUCGAUUUACCUUUCAUUUGACUUUGAAGAUUUCAAAAUAAUAAUCGUACUAUGUGAAUGCCUAUUUUAAAGGUAUGAGUUCUAUACUAGUAACAAAAGGAAGACAAGAAUAAAGAUGUAAAAUAAGCAAAGAAUUUUUAUUUUUGGAUUCAGUGGGUGUAGAUCUGAUUUUUUGCAUUAUAUUGUAGUAUGACUUUGCUGGUUGGUGGCGGGCAAGAGAGAAAUAUUCUUCCUAUUCAUUUGAAAACAGGAUUGAAAUUAAGUACAGUGCAUAAUUUAAACCUGUUACUUUCAGUCCUUUCUUUCCAAUCAAUAUAUAAAACAUAACUCAAUAUUUUGGCUCUAUUAUUUUUAGAAACAUGAUAGCUUAGACUUAUUUUACAUUGUUUUAUUCUUUACCAAACAUGAAACCUUCUGUAUCUUGUAUAAACACAAUAAUUGUGUCUAUUAAAAAAUAUUUCCUCUAUUUUUAUAACUCCAUUAUGAUGGCUAUUAUAAUUAUAUUUUACUCAAGGGAAAUGGUAACUGUGUAACCUCGUUUUAAGUUUUGGGUUAUUAGCUCUUAAAGAUUUGCCCUUUGUUAUAUCCUGCCUGAUAACAGGAAUUUUGGUAUAGUAGAAAAAACACGCCAUUUUUGAAUCCUGAGCACUGAAGUUCAAAUGCUGGCUUUAAUGGACUGAACUUGAGCAGUUCACUUUAACUCUCUUGACCUCAGAAAUCCCUAUCUGUAAAAUGAGGUAGCUAGACUAGAAGAUUUCUCUGAGGUCCCUUCCAGCUAUCAAUCCUAUGAUCUAAGAAGAGUAGCAUUUUGACUUUUUAUGAGAUUGUCUUGAAUAUUUUGUGAAAAAGGAGUCACUUUGUUGAAGCAGAAGUGUUAUGAAAGGGUAUGAUUAAUCUUAGUAUGAGUAAGAGCAUUGCAGUGACAAUUAAAUCUUUCUUUUAGCUGUUUGAAAUCUACCUUCUUGGAAUUUCCACCUUAAUAGUCUUCUCAUAGUGUUUUCUCUCUUGUAGUGAAGGAGUCUGCCUUCCCUAAGUAUUCCUCUCCCUCCUACUCCCAGAAACCCAUGUAUCUUAUUCCCUUAAAAAACUCUUCUCUGUUAGCUGCUAUACUGAAAGAAAUAAUUUACCUUAGGGUGCAAAUGACUGGUAAAGAAAAAUGAGUUACUUUUGAGAAGUAUUUAUAUUUCAAGGAGGGAAAAAAUCUUGGGAAUUAAAAUCUUUGGAAUUUUAGGUAUCAAGGCUGGGAGAGAUUGGGGGGUGGUAGGAGGUAAGAUCUUCCCUGUGCUAAGCAAAUGCCUAUUCUACUUACAUAUAUGUAAAGCCAGUCCUGAACAUGACAUUCAAUAAAAGUAAAUCUUGAUAGUA